CGAAUCUGUCACAGCAACCUCUCCCGCAUCGCUAGCCCGUCGCAGCGCCGUGCUACUGGCUCGGAGUUCCCACAGCCGAAGGAGAACCUGGCCACCCCAGGGGCACGCGGAGCCGUGCCUGUCGUGUUUCGCGGGUCGUGCUGGAGCCGGGCCUGGGCGGGCGGCGCUGCGACGCCGGCUGAUUGAAGAUGGGUUUGGAUAUAAGUCGCAGGUCGUCCCCGAGUUUCUGCCCGAGAAGCAUCAACUUGUUUUGACCAUCUCUUCAUACAACUGCCUGCGUGUUUCGCUCUUUUCCCGACGCCUUUCUUUGUUUGAUUCCACUCCACGAGCAGGCCCUCGACAUUUGAAGCCACAAUCGCUAGAUCGAUUAGUUCUCUAUAAUCCUUUGACAGGAUUCAUCAUACACGGAAGCUUCACAACCCUUCUAAUACCCCACCACCUCCACCAGCAACAUGAAGUUCUCAGCUACUUUGGCUACGGCCGCCAUGGCCCCUCUCACCAUGGCCCUCUCUGUCCGCGACCCCAACGCCGCCUGGCUCAUGCCUCGGGACCACCCCGAGGAGAGCCAGGACAACAAGGGCAAGGGCAAUGACAACAACGGCGGCGGCGGAGAUAGCAUCGUGGUUGGCGACGGUAUCAACAUCAACCUGGGCGGCGAUGGCCGAGGUAGGAAGAACGACAAGGGCGGAUCCGCAGCCAAUGUCAUCAUCAUCUGGGUCAACGGUGGAAACGGCGCCGAGACCACCACCAUCAACGAGAAGGUCACCGUCACCCAGACCGUUACCGCUGGCGCUGGCACGGUCAUUGAGACACCCGCAGCUGCUGCUUCUCAUACCGUCACUGUCGGUGGACCCGGUGGCCUUGUUUACCAACCUGACCAGCUGAACUCGAUCCCCAUCGGAGACACUGUCGUCUUCGAGUUCCUUUCCCAGAACCACACUGUUUCCCAGUCUGCCUUUGACACCCCCUGCGACCUCCUCGAGGGCGGCAUGGACUCGGGCUUCAUGGCCAACCCCAACAACACCGUGUCGCCGCCUCCCCAGGUUGCCAUGCAAGUCAUGGUCGACACCCCUCUCUGGUUCUACUGCAAGCAGAUGGGCCACUGCGGCAAGGGCAUGACCUUUUCCAUCAACCCCACCGCGGAGAAGACCCAGGCCAUGUUCCAGGCUCUUGCUAUCAAGCAGAAGGGCACAGGCGCUGAGAGUCCCAUCACCGACCCGGCUGCGUCAUCUGCCGUUGUCGCGCCUCCCGCUGAGUCUGCCGCGCCUCCCGCUGAGUCUGCCGCGCCGCCUGUCGAGGCUCCCGCGUCCACAGCCAGCGCACCAGAGGGUACUGAAGCAGCUACACCUGGCGAGGGCACCAUGGGCGGUGACGGUAGCUGCACUUGCAUCGUAACAUGCCAGGCUGGUUCAUUCCCUGCUGAAGUCCAAGGCCUUGGUAACUUUGGCGGCAUCUCUGGCGCUUUGCCUAUUAAGAUGGGUGCUAUGUAACCGAGUGCCGUCUAUACUGGGGGUCAGCUUGGUUUCGCGGAAUGUAAGAGGAUUGAUCGGUGGUGAAUUAUUAUACAAAGGUAUCUAGAGAGUUCUUUGUCGUAACUUACGCGAAUAGUCUGGGGGGCUUUGGUUCACACUUCACGGGUAUGAAGGUGCAUAUGGCUGGCUCGUAUGAGUCUCUAGGCGAAUUAAUAUGAUGAAUU